AUGGCCGACAUCAAAUUCUACUACCUCAAUGGAACCUGCGCCACUUCAGUCCACGCAACUCUACUAGAGCUCGGUAUCCUCUUCAAGCCUAUCGAGAUGGUUCGGAGUCCCAAUGGCUUCGUUCCUGGCGAUGGAAGUAUGACCCGCGAGGAUUACAUUGAGAAAGUCCACCCACUGGGCUACGUUCCAGCAUUGGUCGUCCACGGCCAGCCCCUGACAGAAGCUAUUGCAAUCUUGUCAUACCUGGCGAGCCUCGACCCCGAGAGAGGCUUGCUUGGUAAAACACCCUGGGAGAAGGCAAAGGUCCAGGAAUGGCUGGUAUGGUUGUCCGGGACGCUGCAUUCAACUGGUUAUGCAGCGCUGUGGAGACCAAGCAGAUUCACAGACGAUGAAGCCUUAUUUGAUGCCAUCAAGACCGGUGCGAAGGAGAAGAUCAAGUAUUGCUACGGUCGCAUUGAGGAGAAGAUCGAUGGGACAUAUGCAGUGGGCGAUCACUUGACAGUCGUUGACUUCUUCCUGAAUGUAUUCUGGAGAUGGGGAGGACAGGGUCAGAUUGGAGCUUUGGACGCGAGUGGACUUGAUAUGGGGCGGUGCCCGAGAUUCAGGGAGUUGGUGAAGAAUGUGGAGAGAUUUGAGGGUUUGAGAGAGGCGUUGAGGACCGAAAAGAAGGAGCUGGAGUUUCCUGAUCAGAAAUUGUAA